AUAACAAAUUCUUUUUCCAUAUUAUUGAAUCAGACGGCUUCUCUGAUCUGACUUUCUUUUUUUUUAUUUUGCUAUUGACCCAUUUUUACGUUUAUGCUGUUCAUGAUUAUUAUAAAUCUAUUCCACUUUAAGAUGCUUUGAAUUGUUGGAAACCUUAGAGAUUGGAGAGUUACUAUAUAAAGGUAGACAAACCAAACAAUUCAUAGUCAUAGGCUCAUAGAUACAUCAAUACUUUCCUCAAUUUCAAGAGAGAUGGAAAAAGAUGCAUGUGAUUGCGAAAAUGGUUAUUCUCAAGCUGGAUUCUCUGUCGAGAAAAAGCUUAGACUGUUCGGGUUUGAGCUCAACCCGAGCAACAGCAAUGGCGACUCCAUGAAAGUUUGUGGUGAAGGUGAUGAAAGUGUGAAUUCAUCCAACACCAUUUCUUCUACAGCCAAGGAGAAAAGCUCGAUGGCAGAGGCGGACGACAAGAAAUUCGAGUGCCAAUAUUGCUUCAAGGAAUUCGCCAACUCACAGGCGCUUGGAGGUCAUCAAAAUGCGCACAAGAAAGAGAGGAUGAAGAAGAAAAGAUUGCAACUUCAAGCCAAGAGGGCCAGCCUCAAUUGUUAUCUUCAACCUUUUCAGAACAGUCUUGGUUUCGGCUCUCCAUGGUACUAUGAUUCUCCCGCUUAUGCUACUGCUGAUUUCACUCCUUACGAAGAAUCUCAAAUAAGUUUCAGUCAAUUCGAGCAAGAUAGCCAUUUUAAUGGCUCUCAUGCAUCGAAUUUGAACAGCCUACCGUCUGAAAUGAUUCCUUUCCAACGAGAUUCAUCCAUGUUCACGUUAAUACAAGGUGACAGAUCAAGGGAUAACAGGCCUCUUUUCAAGCCUUCUUCUUCCACUCCAACAAAGCAAAGCUGUAAAACCUUGGAUCUACAAUUAGGCCUUGGUUUGCAGCAAUCUACGAUACAGAGUUCCUCUGGAGGUGGUAUAUAGCACAUGCAUAUGAACUAAGGAGGACAUACACAGCAUGCAAGGCGCCACUAGCCGUGUUAAAUACAUAUCCGACAAAAGCACACUUUCAAUACGGCACCAUAUACAGAUCCGGAGCUGCAGGGCAAGACAUCAAAAAAGAAACAUACACGGUAAAGAUAUGCUUGGACACAAUUGAAACAAACCUGGACACGAUUGAAUAUAAGAUGAAAGUUCUUCUUUCUUUGUAUUUUUUUUUUUUUAAUUUCAUAGUUUUUAGAAGAAAUUAUUUAUAUUGGAUGAAAAGUAUUAUAAAGAAAAAAAUUUAUUGUCAUGCCUUGCAUGGAUUGUUAAUAUCAUAUAUUAUUGUAUCGACAAAUCCAUGUUCAUGCCAUGUUAAAUAUCUCAAUUUUAUGACGAUAAAAGUCCGUAAAUAACACUUGGUGUAUGCACUCUUGAGACAUGUACCGGAGCAGAGAGCUAAGGAAUUACAUAUUGAAGGAAACCCAGGUUGAGAAUGCCACUAUACAGACAAAGAACCAAGCAAUAAGAUUGCCGGUAGAAAAGUUUAAGGUGGAACCCUAGUACUCCAAAAUUCGAUUCUCCAACAAGCGAAAAUCCAUAUGGAACUCAGAAUUUCAAUUUUAUUAAAUAUUAUUUUAGUUUUAUUUAUAAGGUGGACAGGUUGUUAAUUAAUCUAUUAUUUAUUACUUGGAGUCAUUGUCAAUAUACAACAACUUGCACGCACUUGCUUUUAGAAGAGUUAGCGCAAUAAGAUUUGCAGAAAAUUGCACUGUUUUUCUGGUGGGUUUCGUGUUCCUAGACCUGCCAUGAUUGCUGAUGAACAACGUCCACGAUAACUGGUACCCGUUGUCAAAGGAUUCAACAACACAUUACCUGCAAGCUGGUCUUUGUUAGGAAUGACCGAGCCUUUAGCCGAUCAAACAAGUUUUUAUUUAAAGGGUCAUCUACCAUUGAACUACAUCACCAUCUUCUAAUUAAUUGUUACAAAAUACAGGUUUGUGGUUAAUCAGUAGACAACUUAUCCAUUAAAUAUUUAUGUUUGAUCUAUUAUGUAGAAUUUUUACAUUUUUGAACUGACUUGUCUCCUGUUUCUUCCAAAACAAGCUACACAUUCCACUGUUCCCACUUCAUUCCAAAUUGUUUUAUCUUUUGGCUUUGGAUUUUCUGGUUGAAGUAAAUAACGUGAUAACUUUGACCUGGCCAAUUGGUCAAGGUUAUGGGAUUCAUCUGUAAGUUGUGUUUAUGUGAUAGUUCAAAUGGAUGCGUAAAAACCUGACUCUUAUAUGAACGGUAUGUAGUUCUAUCCUCCUCCCAGUGACCAACCUCCAUCGCUAAAUCCUCUGUUAACAUAUUCUUUUGUACCUCUAUAAAUUGAGCUUAAUUA